AUGGUACCAUGUGAAGCACUCGGUGUACGUCCGGAUGAAAAUUUGAUGAUUACGCGAAUCAUGGACAAAUCACAUGCACAAGGUCGCUUUGAGCUUGGUGAUGUGAUCAAAUUGGUCAAUGGCAUCUUGAUCAAGGAUCGUAAUCAAUUCUUCAAGCUUUUUGAGGAAGCCACAUCUGAAGGGCGAGUCAAUAUCAUCGUUGAGCGAAGCGCCGAACGUGAGCUCGAACUGGAGAAGCGACUUUUACCGCCACAGAUUGAGAAAAUUAUCAAGCGACAUGCUGGAUAUGACUAUAUAAUCGUGAACGUCCGCUACGAUCCAACUUCUGGACGCCAGUUCGGACUGAACAUAGCAAAUGUAACAUCGCAUAAAAUAAUAGUUCCCGAUGUAGCCGAAAAUACAGUAUCGAGCGAUUUUUUGAAGCAAUAUGAUCAUAUCAUUGCAAUCAAUGGUACUCCAGUGUCUGAUGUUAACGUGGCAAAGAAAAUGAUACGUGAAUGUCAAGCUAAUUUUCAGGUAUAA